AUGUCUGGGGUAGAGGUUGCCGGCCUUGUGCUGGGCAUAUUGCCCCUCGUCGUAAAUCAGCUCGACAAUUACGCCAGGGGCCUUGAGACGUUCAGGACUCUCCGCCGGUAUAAGUGGGAGCUAGAGGGGUACUCAAGCAGCCUAAGCGCCCAGUACGCCAUCUUUCUCAACACCCUCGAAAUUUUCCUACAAGACAUUGUCGAUGAUCAUGACGACCGAUCGGACCUGAUAAGUAACCCAGGGGGUUCGAAAUGGGGAAAUCCCACAUUCAAAAAGGCGCUAGCAGACAAGUUGGGUCGUGAUUAUCAUGCCUUCACGACUACCGUUAUGGGUCUUUGUGCGCUUCUGGAGGAUUUAUCAACUAAGCUCGAUCAGCACACUCCUGACUACUCUAAGGCUGCGUCGCUCAAGUCCCUCGGAUCGAUCAGAUUCCGCAAGAUACUAUCAAAGGCCGUCUACGAAGAUAUCCUUAACAAGAUUGACAAGGCGAACCAAAUCCUCAAGACCAUUAGCGAACAAUCCCACCGACUUGGCGGAAUCCGACGUACACCACCACGGCUGAGGAAAGGCCUAAAACGACACCGUGAUGGCCGGCGACAUGCUAGGGCUCUAUAUGAAAUUUUGGUCCAGGGGCAGGGAUGGAAUUGCCCCUGCAGAGACGAACACACAGUUUGCUUUCGCCUAGACGCAAAUACCAUCCGUCGCUCGCGAACUGCAGAUCCAUCACGGGAAACACGUUUCUUAAUGGUCUUAUCAACGGGAAGCAAACCUCAACAACCGCAUCCACAGGCUCAAUGGCUUGAGGUCGAACUACAAGCUGAACUCCUGGAAGAAGCUGUGCCGCUCAAUCUUACGAGAGCACCAAACCUUUCUGCCGUUGCAAAGGGGAAACGCGGAGUUCGGUUUGCUACUCCGGGGUCAACUACCAUAUGCCUCGAAAGUGUUCAUAAUGCCCCAAUCAACGCUGGCGCUAUAACGGAUUUGUGCUCUAUGCUUUGUGACCUGAAAAUGCUAGAUCCGAGCCUGAGUCAGGGACUAAUUGGUUACAUGCUGAACCAGACCAGCGACGCACGGUAUAACAUGCGUGUCCUGCGUCGCAUAUCGCAAGACUUUAACUUACAUUCUCUGUCGGAGAUCCUCAGCUCCGAGUCAUCUAUUGGAGCCCCUAACCCCAUACAAGGGUCCACUGAGCUCAGCCGACGGGAUCGGUUGUACCUAGCUGCAGUCCUUGCAUGCAGCAUCCUACAGCUUCACGGGUCGUGGUUGAAGCAGGAGUGGGGUACCACGGAUGUGCUAUUUGCAACGGACCCACAACACGAAUAUACCCUGUUGGAUCACCCAUACCUAGUUUGGCCAGUUACGGGACUGGAACAGCAGAAUCCCAGUACUGGAGGGCGCGAUCGAAUUCAGAACGAGAUCCUCCUACCUCUCGCAAUUGCCCUGAUCGAGCUAUCGUUGGGGAAAACCAUCGCCGCACUGUACCGAGGGGAGGACGAAUCCCCAGUCGAGUCCCAGAAACGCUUUAAUACUGCAUCUCGCGUCCUGAAGAAUGUCUACUGCGAAAGUGGAUCGAGUUAUGGGGAUGUGGUCAAAGAGUGUCUUUACUGGUCGCGCAGCAAGGGAGAAUGCUUUGAGGACUCUGGGUUUGACGAAUCUGUAUUUGAUACCGUGGUCUCGCCCCUUCUCAAAGACCUUGAUUACUUUGAGGGUCUUGUAAGUGUGAAAUAGCCCUGCUUUGACGGAUAAGCUAUGCGGCGCAAACGACUCGUAUCUAGGAAAUUGUGAGCCUCAUUCAAUAUGCUUGGGAGACGUAGUAGAGCCGCAGUCUCCAUGAUCCUCCUAACCGAAAUAUAUCCAUGAGGUAACCCAAUUAUGUGUAGUUUGUCCGCAUUAGACAUUCAG